AUGAACUCUUCCGAAAGUCUGCAGAUGAUAGAAGAAACUUAUAUGAAAUUGUUGCAGAAAAAUUAUGAAGAUUUCUCCCUUAAGAGAACAGAUAUUAGAGAGCUUUUUCUUAAAGCUGUUUUGAAGAUUCAGAGGACUUGGAGGCAGAUUGUUGAGAAAAGAGAUACCAGAGAUAGAAUGGUUGAGGAGAUGAAGAAGAAGUACAAAAUCGAUAGCAUUCUCAGAAUCCAAAGAUUUGUUAAGAAAUGGUUAGGCUUCAGAAAAUCUCAAGAGGCGAAAUUACAAAUGAGAGUUUGAAAAAGUAUGGAUCUUAAUAGAAUAAACAGAAAUGCAGAGACAUUUGUUAUUCAGGAGAAGAUUAACAGUGAACGAAUGGGAGAGGGACUGAAGCGAUACCGCUUACAAGUGAUUCAAGAGUUUGAGCAGGAUGCAGAGAAGUUCGCUAAAGAUUUAAAGAAAUACGAAAUGAGAAGAACCGAAUUCAAUGAUUGGUCUUGCCAAAAGACCUCCUUUGGCAAGAAAUAUUGGCUAAACUUAUCAACUCUUGAAGAAAAACAAGAAAACCCUGGGGAAGAAUAUUAUAGGCAAAAUCUUUCAAAAUUGCUAAAAUAAGGCAAGGAAUAAUUUCCAGAAUAAUGUGUUAACAUCUAUUGAAGAGAAGAUAGAGAACUGAUACCUCCACGAGAGGUCAACGAGGUUUCGAAUUCUUCGUGAAUGAAAGGCCAAUAGGAUUAAGCACAUCCUCAGUGAGUCAAUAAAAGCUCUUAAUUUGGCAGCUGGAGCUAACCAGUAAUCUAUUU